AUGAUCGAACGUGCACUUUUACUAGGUCUUCAUCAGUUCGAUCUUGAUGAAAGCUGGACACAUGAAAUCUUUAUGAAUUGUGUUGAACAUGUGUAUCCACGUUUAGCUCCUUACGUAAGUAAAAUCAUCUUGCGUGAUACUUUCGCCACUGUACGUCUAGUAGCAAAAUCUAGUUAUUUUCUUCCUCUCUGCCUCAAUGUACGUCGACUAAUACUAUGCGAUAAUGUUAUAUCAUUUUUUCCAUUCAGUCACCUUAUAAAUAUAUUCAAAGAAUCAUCAUUAUUACAUGAACUGAUUAUCGAAUUCGGCCUUCAUGGAUGUAAUUACUAUUCCGAUACAUUUGAAAAAAUACUCAAAAACAAUAUUUCAUUCCAUACUAUGCGACUCAAUGUUAUUGACAAUGCUUCUCCGUAUCUCGGCGAAAAUUUGAACAUUUUACGUUUCCGUCUCGGAGAUGAUCAUGGAAUAUGUCUUGCUAAUACUGUAUGUUUGACAUUAUUAGUGCAACGGUGGUCAAAUUUAAUUAUGCUUAUACAAGAUGGUUGUUUACCAUUACUUGAGGAACUCGAUGUUAGAAUCGAACAACGACCUCCAUAUAAUAAACAAGAAAAGGAUGAUGAUCAACUUCAUUCAGUUAAUCUUUUCAAAUUACGAUCACUUUGCUUAUGUGAUGUUACAUUAAACAAUGUACGUGAUCUUCUUAGUUAUGUACCGUCAUUAUCUUUCAAACUCGAUACACUUUCAUUGGUUCGUGUACGAGUAGAUGAUAAUGACAGCAUCAUUAGUCUUCGUCAUCUUGUUGACUUUAAAAAUUUACUAAUCAAUCGUUUAUCUGCUCAACUAUGUCGUUUGCAGCUUAUUCUCUACAUUGUAUCCGAUGAUACUUUUUGCAAACAUGCACUUGAUGUAUUUAACGUUGUUGAUUACACUUGGCCAUGGCCAUGGCCUCUUAUGCAUCAUCAAGCAGAAGAAUACAUUGAUAACCAAAAUUCUAAACCAAUUGACGUCUUGUACAUGAGUUAUCCCAUCUCGUAG